CCCAGAAAGUUUACGGUAAUGAAUCUUUGAUUCAAUACGAGGUUUUCGGAAAUGGUUUUCCUGAUGAAUGUUUAGUGCAGGAAAUUUACGAAGAUAAUAUUUCCGGUUUUUAUGAAGGUUUUGGUGAUGGAAAUCUUUGUUGGCCUUUUAAUG